CUUACAUUGGUGAUCAGUGGGAAGAAUGUCCCUCUUACAUUGGUGAUCAGUGGGAAGAAUGUCCCCCUUACAUUGGUGAUCAGUGGGAAGAAUGUCCCCCUUACAUUGGUGAUCAGUGGGAAGAAUGUCCCCCUUACAUUGGUGAUCAGUGGGAAGAAUGUCCCCCUUACAUUGGGGGUCAGUGGGAAAAAUGUCCUCCUUACAUUGGGGGUCAGUGGGAAGAAUGUCCCCCUUACAUUGGGGGUCAGUGGGAAGAAUGUCUCCCUUACAUUGGGGGGUCAGUGGGAAGAAUGUCCCCCUUACAUUGGGAGUCAUUGGGAAGAAUGUCCCCCUUACAUUGGGGGUCAGUGGGAAGAAUGUCCCCCUUGCAUUGGAGGUCAGUGGGAAGAAUGUCUUACAUUG